UUACACUGAAUUGUGGAUUGUGAACAUUGUGAUUGUGAAAUUGUUAUGAAACAAAUGCGGUACAAGUACAACACUAUUUUCAACAACAUUUUUAGGCUAUGGUUAGGGGCUAUGAAAUCUUGUGAAAUGAAGUAUGAAAUUAUCAUUUUUUGACAGAUUAUUUUUAACCAUGUUUUUGUGAAGACUUGUGUAGUUCUCGACGGUAUUUUAUGACAUAAUAAGCAAUUUUAUUGCGAAAUACGCGAAUCGCAGAGAAACUGUAAAUAAAUUAGAGUGUAAAACAUUAUGUGGAAGGGCCUUAGAUUAACGCAGUCGCAACUGUUGAAACUAAACUUCAAUGGUCAUAAACUCCAACCGAUAGGGGUGCCGGCCCUGGAUACUGUAUUGAAUCAGUGGUACGAGUUCUGCAAGAAGCCACCGAAAGGGUUCGAGAAGUAUUUUCAGCCAGGCGCUAGUCAAAAACAGGAAAAAAAACCCGAGAAAGAUGCAUCGCCAUCGCCGUCGAAAAGUUCGCCGCCUCCACCGAAGUCGAGCUCCUCACAAGACAAAUGGAACAUUAACAUGUUUGCUAACACCCCAGGAGGCGGCAGAGGUACAGGUCGCGGUGGCUACGAGGGUCAGGACAAAGAAAAAUGGAUGAUGUUUGGAGCAAUGGGAGUCGUAACCUUAAUAGCUUCGAUAGCCUAUUUCGAGCUAAGAUACAGAGAGAUUAGCUGGAGGGACUUUGUUAAUCUAUAUUUAAAUAAAGGGGCAGUGGAGAAACUGGAAGUAAUAAAUAAAAAAUGGGUCAGAGUGAGAUUACAACCAAGUGCUUUUGAAAAUAAAAUCAUAUGGUUUGCAAUUGGCAGUGUAGAUUCGUUUGAGAGAAAUUUAGAGAAUGCACAAAUUGAAAUGAAUGUUGACCCCCCUAAUUUCCUCCCAGUGAUAUAUAAAACAGAGGUUGAAGCAGCUAGUUUAACAGGCAUGCUUCCAACAUUAUUAAUAAUUGGGUUCUUGAUCUAUAUGAUGAGACGUUCAGCCAAUAUGAUGGGAGGAGGAGGACGGAAGGGUGGUGGCCUCUUUGGUGGUGUGAUGGAGUCAACCGCAAAAUUGAUAAACCCAUCAGACAUUGAUGUUAAAUUCCAAAAUGUCGCUGGGUGUGAGGAGGCUAAAAUUGAAAUUAUGGAGUUUGUCAACUUUUUGAAAAAUCCACAGCAGUAUAUUGAUUUGGGCGCUAAAAUACCCAAAGGUGCAUUAUUAACAGGGCCUCCUGGAACAGGUAAAACUUUGCUUGCGAAAGCAACUGCUGGCGAAGCAAAUGUACCAUUUCUGACAGUAUCAGGUUCAGAAUUUUUGGAAAUGUUUGUUGGUGUCGGCCCAUCGAGGGUUAGAGACAUGUUUUCCAUGGCCCGUAAACACGCACCAUGCAUCCUUUUCAUUGACGAAAUAGAUGCAGUGGGCAGAAAGAGAGGCGGACGUAGUUUUGGAGGUCAUUCGGAACAGGAAAACACUCUUAACCAGUUGCUGGUAGAAAUGGACGGGUUCAAUACAACAACUAAUGUUGUAGUGCUAGCAGCGACCAAUAGAGUUGAUAUUUUAGAUAAAGCACUGUUGAGACCUGGUAGAUUUGAUAGGCAGAUCUUUGUGCCUGCUCCAGAUAUCAAGGGAAGAGCCUCUAUAUUCAAAGUUCAUCUGGCACCUCUCAAAACAAGUUUAGUCAAAGAGAAUUUGGCACGCAAGAUGGCUGCUUUAACUCCAGGUUUUACUGGUGCAGACAUAGCUAAUGUCUGCAACGAGGCUGCACUCAUCGCUGCAAGAGAACUGUCCAAUGACAUCAGCAUGAAGAACUUUGAGCAAGCCAUCGAGAGAGUUGUAGCUGGCAUGGAGAAGAAGUCAAAUGUCCUACAACCUGAUGAGAGAAAGAUUGUGGCUUAUCACGAAGCAGGCCAUGCUGUUGCCGGAUGGUUCCUACAACACGCUGAUCCUUUGCUAAAGGUGUCCAUCAUACCACGAGGAAAGGGACUCGGUUAUGCCCAGUACUUACCAAAAGAACAAUAUCUGUACAGCAAAGAACAGCUGUUUGACCGAAUGUGCAUGACAUUAGGAGGCCGAGUUAGUGAGGAGAUAUUCUUCGGUAGAAUCACAACCGGAGCCCAGGACGACUUGAAAAAGAUAACCCAAAGCGCGUAUGCCCAAAUAGUUCACUACGGUAUGAAUGCUAAAGUUGGCAAUGUGUCGUUUGAAAUGCCACAGCCCGGUGAGAUGGUUAUAGACAAACCAUAUUCAGAAAAAACCGCAGAGUUAAUUGAUUCUGAAGUUAGAGACCUAAUCAACUCAGCCCAUAAACAUACGACUGACUUACUGAUAAAGCAUAAGCCGAACAUUGAAAAAGUUGCUGAGCGACUUUUGAAACAAGAAAUCCUGAGCAGAGACGACAUGAUCGAACUGUUAGGACCGAGGCCCUUCCCCGAGAAGAGUACUUAUGAGGAGUUUGUCGAAGGCACAGGAUCGUUGGAAGAGGAUACAACACUACCAGAAGGUCUCAAAGAUUGGAACAAAGAGAAGCAAACCGCAUCAAAGCCUGAAAGUAUACCAUCUUCUGCGAGUACCAGUAAAUAAGCUACUUAUUUAUAUUUUAAUUAGAUUGUUGAGUUUAUAGUCGGUUUAUGUGAAAUAAAUAGAUUACAAUUAAGA